CCUGCUGACUGUGCUCUGGACCAUGUGGUGGUGGCUGCUGGGUAUUCUGAGCUGCGUGCUGCUGGCGGCCGUCGUUGUCUUCUUCCUGACCACUGGGCAGCGCUACAAGGUGUUCAGCGAGAAGCACCUGAGGGCGCCGGGGCCGCUGGUCACCGACACCAAACAGAGGGAUGACCGACUGAAGAGGGGGUUCCGUGUGGACCGCGUCCCCCCGUCCCUGGAUGCGGUGGUGAUCGGCAGUGGCAUCGGUGGUUUGACGGCAGCUGCUCUUCUGUCCAAAGCCGGAAAGAGGGUGGUGGUUCUGGAGCAACACGACCAGGCCGGAGGCUGCACGCACACCUUUGAGAAUAAGGGGUUUGAGUUCGACGUGGGUAUCCAUUAUCUGGGCCAGCUCCAUGAACACAGCCUUCUGAAAGUGGCUCUGGACCAGAUCACAGAUGGACAGAUGCAGUUCACUCGGCUGGAGCAGCAUUUUGACACUCUGAUCCUCGGACAGGGGGAACAGCGCCGGGAGUACCACAUCCACGCAGGGAAGACGGAGAUGGCAGAAAGUCUGAAGAAGCAGUUCCCAGGAGAGGAGGAGGCUAUCGACGAGUUCAUGAGACUGAUGAAGCUGGCAUCACGGCGGACACCUUUAAUCGCCGUCCUGAAGAUGAUUCCGUACUGGUUGGUGAACUUCCUGAUUCGGACUGGCCUACUGAAUCGCAUCUCUUCUGUGUUCUGCUUAGCAACGACCGGGCAUUCAGAGAUGAUGUCGCGCCUCACAAAGAACAAAGACUUAAAGGCGCUGUCGGCCUACCUGUUCUAUGGUGUCCCUCCUAAAGAAUCCAGCUUCCUCAUCAACGCUCUCCUUCUCCAUCACUACAAACGUGGUGCGUACUAUCCACGAGGGGGUGCCAGUGAGUUUGCCUUCAACAUCAUCCCCGUCAUUCAGCAGGCAGGGGGCGCUGUGUUGGUCAGAGCUCCUGUGCAGCGCAUCCUGCUCAACCAGCAACGGAAGACCUACGGUGUGACGGUGCUUAAAGGACAAGAGGAGAUUGAAGUUCACGCCCCUGUUGUCAUUUCCAAUGCUGGAAUUUUUAACACGUUUGAGAAGUUUUUACCGAAGCCAAUUCAGGAAAACUCAGAGGUCCAGUCACUGUUGGGAAUGGUACGUCAUGGUAUGGGUUCAUUCCUGGUCUUCGUCGGACUGGAUGGAACUAAAGAGGAGCUGGGCAUCGUCUCCACCAACUUCUGGAUGUAUAAGGACAGUGACUUGGAUCCACUGAUGGAGAAAUAUUCUUCACUGAGCAGAGACGAGGUGUUGGGGAACAUUCCCAUGAUGUUCAUCACCUUCCCUUCUGCCAAAGAUCCCACAUCCAACAUCAGACACCCAGGGAAAUCGUGCAUGACUCUGCUGACCAUGGCUCGCUACGAGUGGUUCGAGGACUGGAAGGAAACCAAGCUGGGCAAAAGAGGACAGGACUACACGGACCUGAAGACCAGCAUGGCCCAGGAGCUGCUGGACUGGGCAUUGACCAUAUUCCCACAGCUGCGAGACAAGGUGGUGAUGGUGGACGCUGCCACGCCUCUAACUAAUGUCCAUUAUUUGGGAGCACCACGAGGUGAGAUGUAUGGCGCUGAACACAACCUGGAGCGCUUCAGCCCAGAAACAGUGGCCAGGACGAGGGCAAAGACGCCGAUCGAAGGACUCUACCUCACAGGUCAGGAUGUGUUCUGUAACGGCAUGGCUGGUGCUCUGCACGGCGGACUGCUCUGCGCCUCGGCUGUCCUUAAUCAGAUCCUUUACAUUGACCUUCUGGCCCUGAAGAUGCGCCUCAAACACAAACACAAGACAACUUGGUAGUGUCGCCUUCAUACGACCCUCAGCACCACCCCGUCUGUGUUUGGCUGUAAAGACAAUAUUCUAGUCAUGAUCUGGUACAGGAAUAAAAGUUGUGUUCAGUGUGUGU